AUGAAGUUCGCCGACGCCGUGCAGUGCAUCGGGAAGGGGUCCCUCUGCUUCUACCCAGAGUUCAACGCCUUCGUGAGCUACCCCGUGUUGAUUGGGUGCCACACUAGCUACCUCGUCGUCAUCCUCUUUCUCUACAAGUUUAUGGAGGGGCGCACGGCGUACGUGCUAAAAUACCCCAUGAUGCUGUACAACACGGUACAGGUGGCGCUGUCGUUGGCAAUGGCGAUCAACCUCGGUCAGUUCCUCGUCUACGGUGUCUUCAACUUGAACGGGCGCUUCACCGGCACCAUCGAGUGCUGGAUCUUUGUUCACUACGUCACAAAGUUUCUCGACAUGUUCGACACGUACUUCAUCGUGUUGCGCAAGAAGGACGAGCAGCUGUCCUUCCUGCACAUCUACCACCACUUGACGAUCGGCUUCAUCUGGGGCCUGCUGUUGCAUCACGGCGUCGCGAACGGCACCGCCUUCUUCGGCGCGUGGAUUAACUCCACCGUCCACGCUCUCAUGUACUUCCACUACCUGUACACCUCUCUCGGCUACACGAACCCGCUCAAGAAGUAUCUGACGCAGGUGCAGAUGAUCCAAUUUUCGCUUUGUAUCCUGCACGCGGUGCUGGCCGUCGUGGCGCACUCGCCAAUCCCGAAACAGUGGGCAGUGCUGCAGCUGUGCUACCACUUGACCCUGCUGUACCUCUUCAUGCAGUUCUACCGAAAGAGCAUGCGAAAGUCGAAGCGCAAGACGAAGGCGUAG